UAUAAGGCAUACAUGAAUUGUGUGUCCCAUAAUUCAAUACUUUCAGACAUUUAUGAAUUAUUCAUUUCUGUAGUAAUGCAGUGCCUUUACAGGUUGUCUCACAUUUGGCAACACCUUUACCUGCAGUCAGUGAUGAAAGACGCAUAAAGUGCUGCCAAACUGAAAGCAUAGUGAUCGAUGACAAAAGACAGACGAUGAAGAUCACGCACAUUUAAGGGUAUCGCGCACACAACCACAAGGUCAGCUCAGUUCUGAUGAACACAACCUGAAGAUUGGACAAAUCAUACACACACAACUGACUGCUGCUAAAGGACCUACAGAUUUGAAUUGUACUGCUUUGACCACGAUGGCAUCAUUAAAUGAUACUCUGUCCUGGGAUGUCACUUUAAACCACAGCUUUAUCAAACCCAACCUCUCGGAGUUACCGGAUACACAAGCCACAGAGAUGAACUGGCCAGUUCUGUUUAUUCUGGUUAUUAUAUUCUUCACAAUAGCAGGAAAUAUAUUAGUCAUAAUGGCAGUGUCCCUGGAAAGUAAACUGUACAAUGCAACCAACUUCUUUCUUUGCUCGCUGGCCGUGGCCGACAUGCUGGUGGGCUUUCUUGUUAUGCCAGUCUCAUUAAUCAGUGUCCUUCACAACCACGUCUGGCCUUUCCAUGAAGAUCUGUGUCCCAUUUGGAUCUUCCUGGAUGUGCUUUUCUCCACAGCCUCCAUCAUGCACCUGUGCGCCAUCUCUCUGGACCGCUAUAUUGGUAUUCAUAAUCCAAUCAAGUACAGUCGCAGUAACUCGCCUUUUAAGGCCAAGCUCAAAAUCAUCACUGUGUGGACCAUAUCUAUAGUGCUGUCACUUCCCAUUCCGGUAAUGGGCUUCCAGGAUAAGCAGAAGGUGUUUGUUAACGAGACGUGUGUCCUGAAUGAGCCUCGCUUUGUUCUUGUCGGCUCUUUCGUAGCCUUCUUCCUUCCUCUGGUCAUCAUGGUGGUCUGCUACUACCUCACCCUCCAGGUCCUUCGUCAACAAAGCGCUGCCUUCCCCCAAGAGACCAAACGAGGUUCAUCAGCCGAGAUAAGUGAUACAGUUCUGCCUAACAACAAGCAGUUGUUACUCACAUUUUUACCCAAAAAACUUUCGUUUAGUAACUCACGAGAUCAAGGUAGACGAGGAAUGAUGCAAGCGAUCAGAAAUGAGCAGCGGGCCUCCAAAGUCUUGGGUGUCGUCUUUUUUUUGUUCCUGGUGAUGUGGUGUCCGUUCUUCAUCACCAACGUGCUGGUCGCCAUCUGCCAGGAGAACUGCAGUGACCAUCUUCACCAUCUCAUGAAUUUCUUUGUUUGGGUGGGAUACGUCUCCUCUGGUGUGAAUCCUCUGAUUUACACCCUCUUCAACAAGACAUACCGCAAUGCAUUCGUUCGCUACCUGCGAUGUAAAUAUCACGACACGUCGCCAAAGACAAAGCAAGCUAUAGUUGCUGGUAAACCCAAUAAUUGA